CUUCUUCUUCUUGGUGUUUGUUGCUUUGCAGCAUCAGGUGAACAUCUGGGACCAUGAUUUCACCACGAUGGAUGAUCCUCCUCUGCUUUUCCCUGAUCUCAGGGGCCAAGGUGGGUAGAAACUUAGUAGAGGACCCGCUAAUUGCUCAGAAUCAAGAUGAGGAAUGGACACCUUUCAAUGGACACCUUUAUUACGUCUCUGAGACCACUGCAGACUGGCAGACCAGUAGAAAUGACUGUUUGUCAAAGGGAGCAGACCUGGUGGUCAUCAAUGACAAUGAAGAAAAUAAUUUCGUCGGAGGAUUUGACCUCAAAGCCUGGAUUGGGCUGUACAACGAAGAAGACACCUGGACAUGGGUGGAUGGAAGCAUCCUAACACCUUGUGUCAGCUAUUGGGCUCCAGGAGAACCUAACAAUGUUGGGAACCGGGAAGAUCGAGCAGAAAUAGGGAGGUUCGCAAACAAUGUCAACAGCUGGAAUGAUGCACCGGGGACCACUAGUAACUACUGGAUCUGUGAAAAGGAAGAACUAGCGAUUUUAGAGUAAACACUGGAAACUUUCUGAUCAUUCAGUAACUAUAGCUUGAUAUUUGCUGAGGUUAAAACCUUGAUGCAGAUCAUCUGCUGUCCUUUCUGCUUCAUUUUUCAUACAUAUGAAAACAUAUUAAUCUGUGGGUAUAAUGGGGUUGAUUAAGGAAUUUAAUCUUUUACUGCUACUGCAUACUUUUCUGUGGCUCAAUAAAGCAUCGCAAAAGGAA